AUGGAAUUACUGAACAUCUACAACAAUGCUGGACAGAGUUAUGGCUAUAUUCUUUAUGAAAAGUCAGUUGGGAAAGUGAAAAGUAUGAAAAUUGGAGGAUAUGUACGUGAUCGAGCACAUAUAUUGAUUAACUCUGAAAUCAUUGCAACAGUUGACUGGAAAAAAAGUGACCAAAACGUUAUAUUUCCUCAGAAUCUUCUGUCUGCUGAUAUGAACCUUGGAAUUUUAGUGGAGAAUUUGGGUCGAGUAAAUUUUGUCCGAUUUGGAGAACGAGAAGUUGUGAACAGCCAAUUUAAAGGCCUUCAUGGAGAUGUUUAUCUAGAUGAACAAUUGGAAGAAAACUGGAACAUUUAUGUUUUAGAUUUCUCCAAAGAAUUUUUAGACAAAGUUUCAGAUUCAAUAGCCUGGCAAGAAGACAUUCCUGCAAAACGAAGUCCUGCACUCUAUCAAGCAAUUUUUACCAUUACAGAAACUCCUUCAGAUACCUUUUUUAGCAUGAAGGGUUGGACUAAAGGGAUUGUGAUUGUCAACAAAUUUAACCUUGGACGUUACUGGAACACUGGACCUCAAAAGACUCUUUAUGUGCCAGCCCCUAUUUUACGAGUUGGAGUGAAUGUGGUGUAUAUAUUUGAAGAAGAACAUGGAACCAAGGAGUUUCUCUCAGUAAAUGAACCAGAUUUGGGUGAUAUAGACCCCAAAAUAAAAUCCUAA